AUGAAGCCAUCAAGGUCCUGUGAUAAAUGCUAUAGAAUCAAGGCACGCUGUGACUAUGUGCAAGGGUCUUCAGAGUGCGAGCGAUGUGCUCGACUGGGUCAUGCCUGCAAGGUUGAGCGUGCAGUCUUGCACCCCGGCAGACCACGUACAGCUGUAAAGUCCCAAUCUACAGUAAGUCCGAAACAGAAGCAUGCAUCACCAGCUACACUGGCCAACCGAUCCCAAGCGCGGCUGCAAUCCGAGGGACAUCUCCUGCCAGUCUGGGGUGCAUUCGGGCAGAAUGAACUCCCCCUGCUUGAAUUCGCUCUGCACCCAGACCAAAUCGGCAACUGGUUAUAUGGACCGACCUUUACGAACACUAUGCGCACAGACCUGACCACUCACAUUUGGGGGAAUAGCGAGGAGCUCAAAGAUGCUUUCCUCGCUUUCGCAAGUGUGUUCCUAGUCUCCAAACAUGCCGACUCUGCGGAGGCCCUAAGCCGUCAACACGUCCAAAGAGGUUCGAGAGCAGUCCAGCGGCUGGCGAACCUGUCGACAGUCACAAUUGAUAGUGCUCGGACUGCCUUGACUCUUGCCCUGUUGCUUUCCACAUAUAAUGACUUAGUUACGGGCGCUCCGGCAUUUGCACUCUCCCGUUCAGCGCUCCUACGGGCUAUGCCAUACCGUAAGCAGUUGAUCCUUCCAACAACAGAGGGCACGAAUCCCCAUAUCAUAUGCAUCCUAUUCAUGGAGGCGACUGAAUGUCUUGUGAUUGGCCAAGUUCCGCUUUUCCGUCAUCAGCCGCUACAGGGUAAUACGCUCGUCGAUAAAUACUAUGGUAUAUCUCAUGAACUACUACCGUUCCUUUACGACAUCUGUGUCCUGUACAGUUCUAUCAAAGCUGGUUCUAUCUCCUGGUUGUCAAGGACUCUGGAAUUUGAACGGAUCACUAAAUUGGUCGAUCCAUGGUCUCCGGAGUUGGCCAUUGAAGCACGAGAUGGAGUCAUCAAGAACAGCGACGAGAAACACCAUUUUCUGCUCCAAGCCAAGGUGUUCAAGUCAGCCGUUCAACUCUUGCUGUUGCACACCCAGAGGAACCCCGAGGCUAUCGCGCUGGCCCGAGCCAGAGCUGUGCAAGUACAUUCAGAAUUUUUGGACCUCAUGCAACAUGCUGUGGACAGACCUAACUACGCGCUGUUUCCGUACUUUGUGGCAUGCUUGGAGCUCGUCGAUCCGGAUGAUGAACUGGCAAGCAUCGUCCUUGAUACGAUGAACAAGAGCAGCGCUGGGCUGGCUCCAGCAAGUUGCCAGAGUAUGCUGCAAUGUCUCAAGCAUAUCUGGAAGAGGCGUCGUCAAAGACCUGACCUCGCCUGGUUCGAAUGUGUCGACGAAGCUGUAGCAAUGGGACCAUGA